AUGCUCAAGGUCAUCGCGCCCUACGACGAGCCGUCGGGCUCGACGUCCGAGGUCGCGCUCUUCGCGUGGCUCAACAGCCACGUGGGCGUCAUCCACCCGCUGGGCGCCUUCCGCAUCCGCUGGGACGUCGUCACGUCCGUCGUCCUCUUCGCGUGCCUGCUCGUGACGCCCUACCAGCUCUGCUUCAUCCGCGCGGACCUGCGGCCCAUGGACCGCAUGGAGCUGCUGAACCUCGCCUUCGACGUCGUCUUCCUCGCGGACUUUUUUCUCAACUUCAACACGGGCUACGUCGACGACCACGGCACGGUCGUCAAGGACCACCGGCGCAUCGUCAAGCAGUACGCGCGGGGCUGGGCCGCGGUCGAUUUGGUCAGCUCCAUCCCCGUGAACCACCUGCUGGCGCUCGCGAACAGCGGCCUCCACCUCGGCGCGACGAGCCGGCUCACGAAGCUCAUGCGCCUCUUCAAGUUCUCGCGCAUGCUCAAGGUCUUCAAGGUGCUCAAGCUCGCGAGCUCGCUCAACGAGUGGGACGAC